CACACACACACACACACACACACAGCGCUGCGCACACAAACACACGCAUCCACGCACGCAUCCACGACAGCAAGGCAAAGCAACCCUCCUGAAGCAAGGUUUGAGAUGGAGGGCACAGGUGCGCCCAACAUCGUGGUUGGAGGCAUCGGUGGCAGCAGCAGCACCGAUGACGAGGACACCUGGCUCAAGCUCGCUUCCAGGGCAGAGCUGGUCAGCUACAUCUACCAACUCAGACACGACAACAAGAAGCUGCGCCGCCAGGUGAGCUCACUGCAAACGCGAGAGAAGAACCUCGCACAGCAACUGCAGCAACAGCAACAGCAACAGCAACAGCAACAGCAACAGCAACAGCAACAGCAACAGCGUGGUGCCACACCGCCACAGCUUGCUCUCAGACCCACAGCCAUCGCAACCGAGCGACCCAGAAGACCUUCCCCAGAAGUGGCACCAAAGCCGGCCAGAAAUAGCCGCACGUUCACCCCAUUGCACACGGUCGCGCUGACAUCUCCAACAUCUCCAAUCGCCAGCACGCACCACGAUGCUCAAACACCGCGUUCAUCUGGCGCCAGCACACCCUCCGCUCGUGCAGAGACGCCGCUCAGCUUGAUUGCCAAAGCAAGUGGAGGGGGAAUGCCUCCCGCCACCAUUAUCCGACACACACAACGGCCACAACCGGCAAGAACAUCUUCGCGCAGUAGUCCAACGACUUCACUGCGACGCGCUGGCUCCAGCGAGGACGUGUAUACGCAACAGGACACCAGCUUCAACCAACGCCAAUCAUCCCGCCGCGCUCGCUCUGGGUCUGUGUCGCACGCCACGCUCAAGGCGAUGACAAAGCAGCUGCCAACAAUUGAAGUUUCGCAGGAACUGGCAGACAAGGUGCAGCACUCCCUCAUGAAGAGAUUCGCAGACCCAAAGUACGACCAGGCCGCACGUGUCAUUCAGGCACACUGGCGCCAAUACACCCUCAACAAGAAGUUCAGGCAGAUGAAGAGAAAGGCGAUGCGCAAGUCGAUACAGCAGCGCAUCAAGUCCAUGGAGUCCUCCCCAUCUCCACGAGCCAGCCUGGAUCUUGAGAAGCGCCGCGAACAGCUCAUGCUGCUGCAAGCAGCGAAAGCGUUUGUUGGGGAUGAUGCUGCCGGCUUCCGCAACACGACCUAUCCUUGGAUGGCCCCACAGGCCGAGGACUACAGCAGCGAUCAGCUUACCAGACUGUGUAGACUGGGUGUUUACCAGUUCAACCGCAACGUUAAGAAAGGCAUGACCUGGCUGAUUGACAACGGCAUCCUGGCACGCAACCCCAAGGACAUUGCACAGUUCCUCCGUCACGAGCGCACGUUAAAUCGCCGUCGAAUCGGGGAAUUCUUGGGCGACGCAGACGCUCUCAACUUGCAGGUGCUGGCGGAGUACGUCGCCUCGUUUGACUUUUCCGGCGUGGUCUUUGACAAGGCGCUGCGAACCUUUCUCGGAACCUUUCACCUGCCCGGCGAGGCACAGAAGAUUGAGCGAAUCCUGCAAGAGUUUUCGCAGCAGUACCACCACUGCAACCCGGACGUGUUCUCGCACCCGGACACGUCGUUCAUCCUGGCCUUCUCCGUCGUCAUGCUCAACACAGACCUGCACAACUCAGCAAACCGACGAAAGAUGACGCGUGAUGGGUUCAUCCACAACAACCGGGGCAUCGACGACGGCAAAGACCUUCCGCGUCAGCUCCUUGCAGACAUUUAUGACCGCAUUGAAGAACAGGAGUUCACCACCGACACGGACAACCUGACCAUGAUUGAGCGGAUCGUCAGCCAAAUGAGCGGCAAGUCGUUCAUGGACUUAGCAGCACCACACCGCCAAUUUAUCUCCCAAUGCAACGUGACAACGGUGGAAGGGUUUAUGCGGCCGAAGAACAAGCAGGUGGCCAAGUCCCGCGUGUUGUUCCUCUUCAACGACCUUCUCAUUGUGACAAAGCAGCACAAGCACAAGUACACGCCAAAGCGCGUUGUUCCUCUUUACGGCCUCAGCGUCGCAUACACGAACUCGCCGCACUUUGAGGGCGGUCUUCAUCUUGUGAACAACCGCGACAAUGAUGCAAUCGUGGUGUCCUUCCGCAUCGACAACAUCGAGCGCUCCACAAUGGCAAAGAACUUUGAGACCGACCUGCGGGAAAUGAUUUGGCAGAGCGGUGCUGCUGAGGUUGCACGCUUGCACCAGCUCAGCCUCGCUGGACCCGCACCCGUCAGCCAACUCUCCCUCCGAUCAGAGCAAAGCCAGCUGUCAGUGGCGAGCUCUGGCGUUGGUUGCGACAGCACGUGCAGUAGCGAGAGCAGUGAUCGUCUCAGCGUCAUCAGCCACGACAGCAGUAUUUCCAAAGGCCGCAAGUUCAGCCUUCGCUUGAAGAAGAAGCACCAGCACGCAGACGUACGAAAGGUGAUGAGUGUGUUCCAUUCGUCAUCGUCAUCAUCCGCACGUGCGUCAUCGUCUGCGUAGCCAAGCAAGCAUCCUUUGUCCUGCUUGCAGGCACGUGCUAAGGCUCACGGCGCCUCUCUUCGUUACAGUGCUGUUGGUUUCCCCAUCCGUUGAUGGGUUCUGCUCUCACAGCACACGUCCUUGUUCGUCACUUGUCAAAAGCCAUGUUUAAUUGCCCGCUCGCUAUCUUCGCUUGUUGGAUUUCCUCCCUUCCAUUCCAAAUACUGUAUGUACAUAUUCGUGACACACACCUGCUCUGACACUUCCUCUCCGCCUUGAAUUGCUCAUGUUUUUGGGCUGUUGUUUGAUGGGUGGGUGUAUGAACCGUUGUUAGGCAACAGAAUUGUGCUUGUUCAUCUGUGUGCAUGCCUGCCCUGAUUCGAUUGUUUUGGUCUCACACACGACAAUAAUGAGACAAGAAAGCACCAGUA